AUGGCGCCCGCGCCGCCUGGAAGUCAGGUUGCGCCUCUCCCUACAAACCUCCCCUUCCGUCUCGUCAGCAAAACCAUCGGCCAAGGCGCAUACGCUUCCAUCCGCAGAGCCGUACCCGUCAACGCACCAAAGCCAGUCAUCGCUAUCAAAUUCAUCAACAAAGAACAUGCCUUUAAGACCGGCCGGCUCACGCCCAAGAUGAUCAAGAUGGAGAUCAUACUACAUUCACACCUGAAGAAGCACCCGCAUAUCAUACACUGUCUGGGCUCUGGCGAAGACACACUAUGGACUUGGAUAGCCAUGGAACUCGCCGAGGGAGGAGACUUGUUUGACAAGAUCGAGGCAGACGAGGGUGUUGGAGUCGACAUUGCGCAUUUCUACUUCUCCCAGUUGGUUAGUGCGGUUGGAUACAUGCACUCGAUGGGCGUUGCGCAUCGGGACAUCAAGCCCGAGAAUGUGUUGUUGAGUGCCGAGGGUGAUCUAAAGUUGAGCGACUUUGGACUUGCGGCGCUGUUCAAGAAGGACGGGCAACUUCGCGUCUGCAACACAGUGUGUGGAUCGCCACCGUACAUCGCACCCGAAAUUGUCAGUGGACGUCGAAGUAAGAGGGCGGACGUGCUAGACGUGGGAUACAUGCCGAACAUCUGCGACAUCUGGAGCUGCGGUGUCGUGCUCUUCGUGCUUCUGGUUGGCAACACUCCCUGGGACGAGCCAACGAUGCGCAGCGAAGAGUUCAAGGAGUAUGUUGAGACUGGAGGGCAUACGACAGACGAGCUGUGGGAACAGCUUCCGGCAGACAUAGUGUCGCUGCUACGAGGAAUGCUUAAAAUCGACCCAGCCGAGCGCUUUACCCUCGACGAGAUCCGGACACAUCCGUGGUUCACGCGGAAGAAUCCAUACCUUUCUUCAUCUGGGCGAAGCACGAAUCCAGUCGGUCUGGCCACACAAAUGUUAUCGCAACUGCGCAUCGACUUCACACGCGAGCCAGCUCAGUCACAGCGCGGCUUCUCGCAGGACCCUGAUGCCAUGGAAGUUGACUCUGAUCCUCGACGAUCGAGCGCCAUCAACCUACUUUCUUCCACACAGCCCGAAACGCCAAUAGCAGACACACCUUUUGACUGGGAACGUCCUGCACGGCUCGCUUCUCACGACGGUAUCUCAGCCUCACAACCUGUAUCUGAUCGCCAACAACAAACAUAUCACGCUCAGGCUCCAGUUAUGUCCCAGCUACCCCCUUCGACACAAGACAUGCUUUCGCAGGAUCCGAGCAUGACGCAGUUUUCUCAGACGCAGGGUAUUCCCAUGACACUUACACAAGCUGCACGGAAUUUUGCAGACGUUAUGCCUUCCCAUUCGCUCGCGCGUUUCAUCUCACCUCGUACUAUGUCGCUGCUCAUUCCGCUCCUCCUCGAAGCUCUGCACAGACUCGGUGUACCGGCGCCUUCGUUCACGAGUCAUGAUAUAGGUCAGGCCGAAGAGAACGGUUGCGCGAGCAUCCGGGUGAAGAUGGCGGACGGGCGACGACAGGGGCUCAAUGGACAUAUACUUGUUGAGAGGGCCGUGUACGAGAAUGCGGAGUACAAUGAGGUUAGAUUCGUGAAGGCGAGCGGUGAUCCGCUAGAGUGGCGGCGGUUCUUCAAGAACGUCGUUGUCUGCCUGAAGGAUGUGAUUCUCAGGCCUGAUUAUUAA